CAUUUUUUCUUCUCAAAUUUUAAUUGCUUGUCACUCCCCCCCUCAAUGACUGACAGAACACUCGCGUUAUGCAAAGCUGUACAGUGUAUCCAGUGGAUAGGAGGGAUAAAGAUGACAACAUAAGUCUUUGUUCCUUGGUUCCAACUGAACGAUCCCCUAACGAGAACGUCUCAACGGCGUUUGGCGCGGUUGAACACGGUUGGUGGCUGCAUUCCGACUAGGCGCUCAAGACGGGAACGGAAAUUCGUUUGGCGGAAAAGUCAAGAUGGUCCCAAAUGAACUUACCACAGUCCUUUCGUGCUGUCCUCCAAGGCAUUACAACCAAACUGCUGUGAGUUCUUUUAGUUUCCAAUCCGGACAUACCUACCCCAACGUUUUCAAUAGUGACGCCAAACUUACUUUCGUUCGAACCACUUUCUGUGUGCCAAGGAGCUUUCCACCAUUUGACCCCAACUUGACCCAAGUCCAUGCAUAUAAAUUGACCACUAUAAACAUUUUCAAAAUUCUGUGUUUACUAUGUGUACGUAUUCGAUACCUUAAUGAGUGUUCGUAACCCAUCAUCGUCUUUCUUGGACAGUCUUUCAUUGUGAACAUAUGUACCUUGGAACACCAGAACAUGACCAAGAUCCAUGGAAUAAGAGGGUCUUCUCAAAUCUCUCUCAAUUUACUGAUCUCACUUUGAAGAUCAACGGUCAAAAUCCACCUUAGUUGGAACCGAGUCUCACGAAAAGAUUCCAACGGUGGGUGGAACACCGUCUGCCCCAGGGAAGACUUUUUCCAUUGACAAGACAACCAUUCUACGAGAUGCAGUCUCACUCCCACUCGUCUUUCAUAAUCGUGCAUUGGUCUCGAGUUCCGCAAGAAUCGAUCACGCAACGAGUCUUUCAUCUUUCAAUGUUUUGUACAGAACAAAGCUCCAAGUAGAUUUUAAUGUGUCAUUUCAAAACUAUUGCCUCAAGAUGUUCACCUUAACAGCCUCUACAGCUACUUCUGAAGCAUCUAUCUAUCACCACAUUCCUGACUGCUUGGUAUUUUCCGACUGCCUUGACUCCGGGACCGAAACGGACGACGAAGGCGAGGAUAACUUCGAAGAAGAUUCCACUCCAACCAAUCUGGAUCAUCCAAUAAACCUUCCAAUCAAAGGCAUGGACCCAUCACAACUGGCUUCAACGUCCCACACCUCAUCUGAAAGUAUGGCCCAACGGCAAAUUUCCCCCAGCCACCACACCCACCGACGCCACAUUACGGGCACGCCCAUUUCUGCCAUGAGGGCGUUGGGCAUCCAAGACGCUCAAAGUUCGAUGACGUCGAACAAGGAGAACAUUGAGCCCCCUCACGAAUCGCAAUCUCAAUCCAAUGUGAGUGGAGCACCUGUGACAGUACAAAUUCAAGACUUCCAAUCUGAGGAAGCCUCGCCCUUUCAUUUGUUACCUCCCUUGGCCUUGGACGGAAUGGACGGGAACCAUUCGUCCGAAGAAGAGCUCGAAGAGAUCAAUAAAUUCGACGAGCCCAUGCCUUCAUCCUCGGACACGCCCAUCAGUGACACCCGGACCCCUUCCACCAUUCCUUUCUGCGAAACGCCCAUGCAGAGCAACUCAUCCUCAGGCGACGAAACCAUGGAGAACGGACGAGCCUUAACGGCCACUCCGGUCCAAUUCUCCAUGUCUCCACCCACGGGUAUGCACGUGCACAAACCUCGACGCUCGUCCUCGCCCCCCUCCAAGAUUUUCUUGGGCGAGUGUCAUGCCUCUCAGCCCUCCCCUUUAGAGGAAGCUGGGCUGAGCCCAUCCUAUGCUGGAGAUGCCUUGUCCGAGAAGUCCGAGGACCGAAGGGACCGACGCCGAACCAUUUCACCCCGGAAGCGAUACCGCCAUGGCCGACAAAGGCCGUGUCUGGACUUUGAAAAGAUGCAGCAGCUGAAAACCCGUGCUGUGACCAGCUGGAGGCAUGGAGGAGAACUCUCGCUCUUUUGUUGGUGAUCUGAUACCAUUUUGGAUCCCCUGUUCUUACCCUGGUCCUUCCCUGCUCCUCUCAAUUGCUCUCUUUCUUUCCAUCGUACAGUGGCUUCAGGAUUGGAGUUCGUUUUGCCAAAAUUAUAACGAACUGGAUGAUCACAAAUAAACAGCCCACUACUUAGAUUACUUGCAUUUCGGCAAUAUGAGAGACAAACGAUUCAGGAAAAUGGAAACCAAUGUUACAUCCCACUUCGGCAACGACACACAGCAAGACCCCUCCAAGUUCUGAGUAAUCCACUCCCUAAAAGUCCCCUACCCACAGGUCCUCCCAUUACAAAAAGAUGCAUUUGACCAAUACUUUAGUACGUAUCUUCCUGCUCUCUCUCUAGUGUAAAGAUAACUAUAAAGACAGUUGCAUCCUAUACAACUACCAGUUGCAUGGAAUUACCUCAAGCAGAGUCGAUAUUUGGUCUUUUUUGUCUUGUCCAGUACAAAAUUGUUUCUUAUUUGAAAGAGCACUUCCUUGAACUUGAAUUUGAACCUUAUGUAAUCUAAGCCAAUAUACUCCAUGCCCCUUUCAUUUUUUAUGAUUGCUAUUAACAAAAGUCUCACCCCCAUUAUCUAUGUCGUUUUCAUUAAAAGUAUGAUUAUCAUCAUGAUCAUCCUAUUAUUUACCUAAUGUGACAACUUCGAUAACAAAUCUUCUCAAGACUGGUUUCAGAAGUUGAACAAUCAUUAUCAUCAUCAACAACAAAACCAACAAAACCCACAG